AUGAGGGGUCACAGGCAAGGUGGAGGGGCACAACCGGAUGGAUUGCCCGAUGACGACCGCAACGAACAAGGACGCGGAGGGAUGAUCUGCUGGAAUGCUAUGAGAGCAGUAACCCAGCUCGAAAGAGAUAUAUGGGUCGUAUACGGUCUGCGAGACUAUGUAUCUUACCUUCGGCGAAGGGGAUAUGUUAGAGGACCUCAACAGCCAGCAGUACGUGAGGAACAGGAACCGCAGAAACAUAUGGAUGAAGAGGCGCCUCCCGUAGCAUCAGAAGAGAGACUCCGGGAACGUAGGGCGCUGCACAAGACUAAGCGCCCCAAAGCCCAAGACCUAGCUAGAGCGAACGAAGAGCUGUUAAAUGCUCUAACAGAAGAAGCUGACAUCUGGCGCAUUAAUUGUGCCAUCUACGAGGCAGCUUGCUCCUUGUCGCCCAGUGUCCCCAACACGGAUCCCUGCGUUGACGGGGACAACGGCGAGUGA